AUGGAGUCCAUACUUGCAGAGGCUCUUGUUAAAAAAGUUUGUGAGAUGGCCGUUCAACAAGUGGCUAAUGAGGUAAGCAUAGUCUGGAACUUCACUCAAGACUUUGAGUGGUUGAUGAGCAAAAUAAGGCAAAUAAAUUAUUUUCUAAAUGAAGCUGGUGAAAUGAGCAGUACACAAAAGGACUCUGUGAAAGAAUGGCUUCAGAGUGUCCGAGACAUUGCCUGGGAGGCAGAGGACAUACUUAAAAUAUGUGCUGUAGAUUCUAUGUAUGCUACUAUUCCUCAGUUUUGUAGUUUGAGCUGUAAUCAAUUGAUUACUCGCUAUCAAAUGGGCAGAAGAAUUCGAAAGGUCAAAGCCCGGUUCAGCUCCGUUACUGCAGAUAUCCAAUUGAUUACUGCACCUCAUACUGCGGUCUCUCACAGAGAAGAAGCAGAAUCAUCCCAGCGACGACAGCUUAAGAGACUAAGUCUCCUGCCCAGCGAUUCCAAACCAGUGGGGAUUCAGUACAAGAUUGAUAGCAUGCGUGAUAUAGCUUUUCAAUUAGAUGAGGACUUAUGCAAGAGCAUUAAUAUGAGUGGAAUAAGUGAAGUGGUAGCAGCAGAGUCGAUAUAUGGCUUUAUCCUAGGCAAAAGUUGUCUUAUUGUUUUAGAUGAUGUGUGGAGAGCUAGUAGAGAAGGAGAUUUUCUAACUAGACUUGGUAUCCCAACUGGAGCCAACAGUCAAUGCAAGAUUUUGGUUAGCACAAGAAGCAGAGAGCUCUAUGUAUUUCCUGGGUCUGAGGGAAAUAUAGCUCCAGAGUACCUGAAGGAGGUAGCUGUGAACAUCGUGAAGGAAUGUGGGAAUUUGCCACUUGCCAUCAAGACCACAGCAGCAUCUCUGGCAAACACUACACGGCCAAGGGAAUGGCAGUCCAAGUUUGAUAAGCUGAAAAAGGUAAGCAAUCCUAACGACCCUGUCAUGGGUAUUCUCAGGUUGAGUUACGACUCCCUGCCUGCGCAUCUCAAGGCUUGUUUUGCUUAUCUUGCUUUCUUUCCUGAGGAUGAGCAAAUAGAGUGCGAGUAUCUCAUUUAUCUGUGGAUGGGAGAAGGGUUAAUUCUAGCAGGAGAGAAUCCGUGGGAUUGUUUAGAUCAGCUUGCUAAUCUCUGUCUGGUUGAAGUAUGGGAAGAUGAAUGGUUAACAAAAUAUUGUAAAAUUCAUGAUUUAUUGCUCGAUUUGGCCAUAUUCAUAUCCAGAGAAAAUAAAUGUGCAUUCGGUGUUGAGGAUGCCUUCUCCGAAUUGCGCUCUGUGAAUAAUACAGGUGGUGGUCGCUGGUGUCGCUUAUUUUUGGCGAAGAAAGAUAUUGAUGAGCGUGCCAUUUCAGAGAGGUGUCUUGUUUCUCCCACACUUGUCCGCACACUGUCGCUCUCCCGCAAUACCAAAAUUGGAGGAAACAUUCCGGCAAUGUUUUUCAGCGGUAUGAGAGUUCUGCGCGUUCUCGAUUUGAGCAACACAAACAUCUCCGCAUUGCCUGCUUGCGUUGGAAAGAUGAAACUUCUUAGAGUGUUGAAUUUGAGUCGGACAAAGAUUGAGAUGUUGCCAGAGUGUGUGAGACAUCUCAAGAGUCUUUCUUAUCUUAAUGUCUCUACCGGAGCGCCUAUUCAGAUACCGAAAUGGAUAAGUGAACUUAGGUGUCUUCAGCAUUUGGAAGGGCGGUUUGAGCGAAUGCCAAAGGAAAUAUCAAAGCUGGAGUCUUUGCGAACACUGCGAAUAUCUGGGGGUUAUUGGUUGUCCCUGUCCGUGGAAGAAGAAGAGGGUAUGUUAAGGAUAGAGGAUGCUGGGAAGAUGAGUGAGAUUGAGGAAAUAGAAUUUUUAGUUUCUGAUGAAGCGCAGUUGAAGAGGAUGGAAGAAGGGAUGCUUGCACCCUUGGAGAAGCUGCGUCGGCUGAAAGUCAAGAAUGCAAUCGAUGGAAUGCAAGGUGAAUCAGAAUCGGAUCUUCCGCAAUUUCCGGAGAGAAUGAGUGCAAUGAGAGAUCUGGAACAUCUCUCACUAUAUAGUUUUGCAGUGCCGAGUUGGAUAUGCUGUUUGGCAAAUCUCACAUAUCUCUAUUUAUUUUAUUGUGAUUGCAGUAAUUACCCGGAAUUACAAGCAUUGCCCAAUCUAGUGAGUUUGACGUUGUGGGUGAACAAGAGGUGCAGAGAAUUGCCAAAGGCGUUUGGAAAGUCGGGAGGGUUUCCACACCUCCGCUUCCUUGGAAUAUAUUAUUUCGAUGAAUUAGAGGAGUUUCCAGAAAUGGAGGAUGGAGGGAUGGCAUGGCUUGAGAAGUUGGGGAUAUAUGAUUGUAAGAAGUUGAACAAAGUGGGAGAUGGAUUGGAGCGGUUAAAAAGACUCAAGGAGAUCAAUUUAAGGAGAAGUGGGAUAGAUGAAUUAAGGGAGACAUUGAAGGAAGGCGGGAUAUAUUGGAAAAGAAUCAAAGCCAUCAAUCCUCAUAUAACUAUUGGGCCAGGGAGGAGGCCAAAUGGUGGCUGGGGUGGCGGAGCAGCGGUAGCCGAGGAGGCGGGGCUGCCAGGAAGUGAGGCUGGAGAGAAGCAGCGGUUGGGGAGGUGGGGCUGUCGAGAAGUGGCGGCCAGGGAGGCAGGGCUGCCAGGAAGCAGCGGGCAGAGAGCAGUGGUGCUAGGGGUUCUAUAG